CUCCCGGAUCUUGUUUAAAUAAAGUUCAAAUCGUCGCAUAGAUAAUGCGAACAAUGGGGCAGAUUACUUCUGUUCGUUUGUUGAUUCUAACGAUUUUGUUCGUGACAUCACUUGUACUUGGACAAGAUCCGGAUCCAGUUGUGAAGGAGGCUUGUACGCAGUUCAAACGCAGUGUCUUCGAGGAGAGAGUACCAUUUAGUCACUUUUUUGCAAAUGCGCCCAUUUCUUGGGAGACGAUUGAUUCCUGUGAUGGCUCACGGCCGCUAAUUGUGGGCGGCUCACCUGCCGACCCCAAGGAGUUUCCACACAUUGCACGCUUGGGCAAUCGGAAUGCAACUGACAAUACAACCAAAUGGUUCUGUGGCGGCACAUUGAUUAGCAAUCGUCUCGUGCUAACCGCCGCCCAUUGCCUUUACUCGGAAAACGGUGAAGUGAACGUUGUGCGCUUGGGUGAGUUGGACUUUUCCACCGACAAGGAUGAUGCCGACCCCGAGGACUUUGGUGUGAAAGCCCCUAUAGAGCAUCCAGAUUUUAAUUACCAAAUGCUUUAUAAUGAUAUCGCCCUUCUACAAUUGGAUCGUAUCGUAAAUUUUAAUUUCUACAAGCAUCCAGCUUGCCUACCUUUCAAAACGGGCGCGGCGAGCAAAACCUUCAUUGCCAUUGGUUGGGGGGACAAAAAGUUUGCCGGCCGGCCGUCUGAAGAGCUGCGUAAAGUGCAGCUCAACAAUUUCGGGAAUCGGUGCUCCACAAUCGACGUUGACGAGCUACCCAAUGGCUAUAAUUCAAGCACACAGAUAUGCAUUGGAUCCAGCGAGAGGAAGGACACUUGCUCCGGUGACUCUGGUGGCCCCCUGCUAAACUAUCAUGAGGAGUAUCCGUGCAUGUACCAUGUGAUGGGCAUCACCUCAUUUGGCACUGGAUGUGGCACACCCAAUGUGCCCAGCAUCUAUACACUCGUGCAUUUCUACUUGGAUUGGAUCAAAAAGGAGAUGGCUAAAAACAAUUAAAAGUACUAUUGACAAGAACAAAUUUGGAAAACCAUUUACUUCGUAGUUAUUCGCCUCAUUUGAAUAUUUCAAAAUGAAAUAAUAAUAAUUGUAAUCUCUAAAAUCCAUUUUAUUCGCAUUUAUUUAACACAGAACGGCUUAUGCAAGGAAUAAUUAGUAGCACAGGGAUUAGGAGGAAAUGAGAAGAAGUAAUGAGACGGUCUAGAUGGAACAGAAAAGAACAGAAAAGAAACUCAAAGCAAUGAAGAAUCGAUGUAUAAUUCAAAAAAUAUCUGAGCAACCCUCAAUAUGAGAAAUAAAAACGGGAAUUCCCAAUCUAUCAAUA